AUGUCGGGAUCCUCAACGGCGCUCGCCGUCAGCAAGCCUCGGUUCAACGUGACGCCCUCCAAGACGACACCCUCCAAGGCCAUCCCCCCAGCUACCGAGUCGCCUGGCAACUGGCAGCACCCUCGCAUUGACGAGAUCACCCGCCGGCAGAGCGCCACCCUCUUCACCAGCGACAAUGUCAAGACGGUCAUCUACAACGUAACUGCACUGUUUGUGGUCGGAUUUGUUCACAGGAUCCAUGAUGACUUUAGCUCAAGAUGGAUGACAGCAGUGUGGUGGGCCUUCUUCGCCUUCUACAUGCUGCCGCUCUGGAAUAUCCUAGUCGCCUGUCUUCCCCUCCUCCGGGAGAAGGAUGACCUGUCCGAUAUUCCCCUCACGCCGGCACAGCGAAAGCUACUUGGCCUCCCGCCCAGCUCGAAGCCGCCAGCACCGGACACCGUCUACAGCACACCUCCACGAUGUUCCCGGACCCCGUCCAUCGCGAGCUCGACCGGCAAGGCCAGCCCGAAUAACUCGCCGCUCUCUGCUAACGGCAGCCCGGGCUCUGGUUCGAGGAUUGGCGGAUCACCAUACUCGCCUGUCGUGAGCCCGCUGCUACAGAAAGCUGUGGGCUACAAUGGACGCCGCUCGACCUCUCAGGGAUCGCCCACCCCUCUUAGCCAGAGCCUGCUCAACCAGAGCGCCGCCUCUUUCAACUCGAGCGUCUUCUCUGAGCCACCUGCAACGCCGAGCCCGCCUGGCGGAAAGAGAAUCAGCGUGGGGCUGAACAACAAGUGGCUAUACGAGAGGAGCAGAAGAUCGUCAAACAAUGUGUGGUCAUAG